GUGAUCAAUUUUGCGUUGCGGGUGAACGAACCCAAAUUCACCGUAGUCCCACAUGCGCAAUUUUGUUGCUAGGCCGAUUUCAUGGUGUUUAUCAUCGCUCAACAAGGAGGUAGAAUACUCGCAAUUUGUUUAUGAAUUUAUCCCAGUUUUACCAUACAUUAAAUGAAUAAUGACGGACUCGCCAGAGGAGAUCAUUUUGACGACAAAAGACCGAUUUGAAGAAUUAUGUAUGAGUUUAAAUUUGGACGACGCCACGAAGAAAACGGCUUGGGAAUCAUACGAGAGGAUAUGCGAAAAUUACACGCUAGAGGGAGAUAAAAUCCAAUGGCUUUCCUGUGCCUUGUAUGUGGCAUGCAGACGUAGUGUAGUACCGACUGUAAGCAAUGGAACAGUAGAGGGCAAUGGCGUGUCUCUAACUCAACUGCUUCGCUCUGCCAAACUGAGUGUUAUCCAGUUCUUCAACAAGAUGAAAAAGUGGUCAGACAUGGCCAACCUUCCGCAGCAGUUUAGAGACAAGGUGGACCGUCUGGAGAGAAACUUUGCCGUCUCAACGGUCAUCUUCAAGAAAUACCAGCCAAUCUUUUACCAUCUCUUCAAGGAAGGAGACAACACACCCAGGCCACCUAGAAGUAGAAAACAUAGGCGACUGCCUUGUACAAGCCAAGAUGUGUUUUCGUUCUGUUGGACCAUCUUUGUAUUAGUGAAAGGUAACUUCCCAGCGAUAAGUGACGAUCUUGUGAAUUCCUACCACCUCCUUCUGUGUAGCUUGGAUCUCAUGUUCGCCAAUGCUGUGCUGGCAAACAGGCGUGACCUUUUGAACCCUGAUUUCCAAGGUCUCCCAGAGGGCUAUGCUAGUCGUGAUUACAGGGUGCCGUCUGAAGCCCCAUGCAUCAUAGACAAACUCUGUGAGGUCUACGGUGGACUGGUGCUGGAGGCCAAGUCUAUCAACGAACACUGGUGGAAACUUCACAUACAGAAACUCAUAGAUGAAGAGGAUUUGGAAGGGAAUCUGGAAAAGCUUUCCAAUCUGCUGGAUACCAAUAACUUUGAGUCAAACAACAAAAACAUCUGCAAGAAAUAUGAGGAGUACGUUUUAACGAUUGGUGACUUUGACGAGAGGAUCUUCCUGGAUAAGGACGCCGAUGAGGAGAUCGGGACACCAUCAAAAUCAGCUGCACUCAGGGAGACAGAGGAAGCCAUGAGAAAACCAACAAGCCGAAAGACCAAAGACCUUUGUCCAGCAACACCACUGACCAACAGACGCUACCUCAAGGAGAAAGAUCUAAAGAUCACACCAGUGUCCACUGCCACACAAGCGGUCAGCAAGCUGCAGGCCCUGCUAACCGGUCGUAAGCUAGAGGCCAGCGAGCUCCUGGAUGGUAUCUUCAAGGAAUGUUCAGAGAAUCCUGCGGAAGGAAUCGCCAGUCGAGUCAAGGAGAUGGGAGAGAUCUUUUGCCAAAAGUACACCCAGGCGCAUGAUGAAGGAAACUCUGGAUCACCUCAAGACUUUGCUAAGCGAAGGUUAAAACUAGCUGAAAGUCUUUAUUACAAGGCUCUUGAGAACAUCAUGUUGGCGGAAAAGAAGAGAUUAAAGAAUCUUACACAUCUCCUUGAGCAUGACCUGUUUCACAGAUCUCUCUUUGCUUGCUGCGUGGAGGUCGUUAUCUUUGCAUACAACUCACAGAGGACAUUUCCAUGGAUACUAGAAGCAUUUGAGAUCCCUGCAUUCCACUUUUACAAGGUCAUUGAGCUCAUCCUCAGAGCAGAAGAAGGACUAUCAAGAGACAUCGUCAAGCAUCUCAACUUUAUUGAGGAGUCAAUUCUCCAAGACUAUGCAUGGCGGAACGAUUCACCCCUGUGGGACCUCCUGAAGGAUAGCAACCAGGGAGUGCCUACCUGCGAGGAUGCCACCAUACCCGGUCAGACAGAUGGAGGGGUAUCAGGAGGAGGAGGUGGUGUGAAGGGGGCAUCCACCGGUCAAACUACCUCAUCCUCAGGGUCAACGAACUCUGGUGGUCAGAGUCAAACACUCCUUUCACCCAUCGUCCAUAAGAGGGUUGUCCAACUGGGUGGAAGAACGGAAUCUAUCCUUCAGUCGCCCACCUCUGCUCACGAUAGAUUCAGCUCUCCAUCUCCAGGCAGUGCCAGGCGUCGUCUAUUCACUGCUGACGCUCCGCCGACUACAUCAUCAACGUCCUCGACACCAACUGAAUCAACAAAUAAAGCCACACCCUCUCCAGCAGUGAUCAGCCAAUCAUCGGCGUCGAGAGCCAUGAAGUUCACUGAGAUACAGUCUUUAGCAACCAGCCAAUCAACAUCGUCUACCUCAACGUCAUCCUCGAGCAACGCCAACACUGUCCUCUCACCAAAGAAACAAUUUGUUGUUGUCCAUGGCAUUCAAGGAAAGGAUGGUACCGGUAACCACAGACUCAUUGUCAGUCCCGUCAAGGUCAUCUACACUUCCCCAGCAAAGGCCAGGACUGCAGAAGGAGAACCUGGAUCCAGCACAACCAUUGCAGUACCGGCCCCGAAGCCCAAGAGGACCGGGUCUGUAGGGAUCUUCUUCAGGAAGGUGUAUCAUUUGAUGAACGUGAGGCUCCUUGACCUUUGUCAUCGUCUAAAGCUCCAUGAUGACCUGAGACGUAAGAUCUGGACGUGUCUGGAGCAUGCCAUCGUUCAUAAGACAGACAUGAUGAAAGACAGACAUCUUGAUCAGAUCAUCAUGUGUACUAUGUAUGUCAUCUGCAGGGUGACACAGAACCAAUGUUCAUUCCAGGAGAUCAUGCGUAGCUAUCGCUUCCAGCCGCAAGCAUCAAGCCACGUUUACCGCAGCGUUCUCAUUCACUCAAAUCGUAAGAAAGACUCAAAUGGCAACAGCUCCAACAGCAGUAGUAGAGGCUCGCCAGAACACAAGACAGUUGAGACACCAAUCUUGAUGCGAUCAGCUAGUACCUUGCCCAUCCCUCAACCAAGCAGUGCUCCUCCCACUCCUACCAGGUUAGCUGGUACAGCCUCCACGUUUGAGGAUGAAAACAGGGGCGACCUCAUCAAAUUCUACAACUCGGUAUUUCUUCAGAGGAUACAGGCCUUCGCUGUUAGAUUUGAAACGUCACCCAACGGGAUGACUGACAGACUGGAGGCCCCGCCCCUAUCGCCCCUCCCAGUACCCCGUCCUCACAUGCUGUCACCGAGGAAGGUCUCCAACAGGCACCAGUUGUACGUUUCACCGCACAAACAGCGUAUGACAAGCCCUAGGAGUGCGAUGACCUAUGUCAUACAGAAGAGUCCCGCUAAGGUCCUUCAAAAAAUGAACACCAUGGUAGUAAAGGCCACAGAACGCACCAAACGGCAACUCCUCAGCGAAUCACACGAGUCACCAUCCAAACGGCAUUGCGGUGCCGGGGACUUCCUGCAGACACGCUUAGCAACGGUCAAGUCAGAAAGGGAAUCUGCCAGUUCCCUUCCGACAUCUGUAAUAGACACAAACACCCAAAAAGGGGGUGGGGCAUGUCUGUAUUUCUGCAAUGAAUGA